AUGGCAAUGGCAAUGGCAAAUGGGCCCGCCAAGCUUCGCAAAACAAAUGAUGUUACCAUCAAAUAUGGCCAGAGGUUACUACCCCAAGUUGUCGAUACCUUCGCCGCAGAGGAACCGGACUAUAUUUUGGGCAUGAUGCCUAAACCUGGAGCGAAUUCCUCGGUGCCCAUCGAUUUCAUCACGUUGAGCACUUCCCAGCUUUCCAACGCAAUAAACUUCAUGUCGCACUGGCUUGAUAGAACUCUGGGCAAAAGCAAUUCAGUCACAGGACAGACAAUUGCUUAUGUUGGGUCACAAGACUUCCGCUAUUUGGUCAUGGAAUGUGCGUCGAUUAAGACUGGACACCCUCUAUUGAUCCCCAGCCCCCGAAAUGCGCCGACGAAUACUGCGUCUUUGUUGGAGAGGACGAACUGCAAGAUUGUAUUUUAUUCCGGGCUAUUUGGGGAACAGAAAGACUCAAUCUCCGAGUUUGUGGGUGGCUUAGAAUUUUUCGAGAUCCCAAGCUUGGAGGAGAUAACUUUAGAGAAAACAAUGCCUUACCCCUAUACAAAAUCAUGGGAGGAAGCGAAGAACGAUGUAUUCCUAAUACUUCAUACAUCAGGCUCAACAGGGAAUCCCAAGCCAAUUACCUUGACCAAUUCAUUCAUGCGGCGCAUGGACUGCGAGCAUAUCAUUCCGCCUGUGGAUGGACGAACCCUAGCUUCUUUGGAUUUGUGCAGGCCGGGAACGACAUUGUUGCUUGGCACGAACUUUUACCACUUGAGUGGGGUGGCCUUUACUGUGUCUGCUUUGUUCCAUAGAUACACUGUUAUCGCCCCACCAGCGGAUAGAUUGUUGGAUGGUCAAACUAUAUCUAACAUUUUCAAAACUACUGAAGUGAGUGGUGCAGCACUGGUGCCUAGCUUGUGCGAUUCGGUGUUUGCAGAGCGUGGUGAGGAGAUCAUAGAGCACCUCAGGAGCCUAGAGCAUAUCAACUGGCUUGGAGGACCCCUGGGGCACUCAACAGGAGAAUGGAUAAUUAAAAACCUACCCAAUGUUCGUCUUUGGCAAAUAUUUGGUUCCACCGAGACGAUGAUGAUUCCCAUGCUCAUUCCGCCUAAAUCCCAUUGGUCAUAUAUGGAAUUCCAUCCCAAAAUCGGUCCCCAUCUUGAGCUGGUAGAUGCAGAAGAAGGCCUCUAUGAAGUGGUUUGGCGGCGACAUCCAGAUCUAAAUUUCGCUUGGACCACUCCCGUGUUUGAUUUCUUCCCUGAAGAGAAGGAGUGGCGAACUAGGGAUUUGAUGAGGAAAUGUACCGAUACUGGUUUUGAGAACUGCUGGAAAUUUGAGUCGAGGUUGGAUGACAUCCUUGUCCUACACAAUGGCUUGAAGGCAAACCCAGUACAUAUCGAGACUAGAUUGCAGAGUCACCCUAUCUUGAAGGGCUGUUUGGUUUUUGGGGAAGGGUAUACGGCCUGUGGGUUAUUGCUGGAACCUAAGCGUUCAGAUAUUGCUUCAGAGAAACUGAUUGAGCUCGUCUGGCCGGCCGUGGUGGAUGCAAAUGCGCUGGUCCCUGAGCAUGUGCGAGUUGCUCGGAAUCUGGUCAUUGUGGCUUCUCCUGAUAAGCCACUUGUACGAGCUGGGAAAGGCACGGUGGUCAGAAGGUUGACAACUAGGUUGUAUCAAAAGGAGAUCGAGGAGACAUACAGAUGA